UUUUGUUUCUCAAAUUCCACAUAUGAGUAAAAUCAUGUGUUAUUUGUCUUUCUCUGGUUGACUGAUUUAGCUUAGCAUACUCUCCUCCAUUUACCCCAAACUCUUACUCCUAACAUUUGAGGCCCAACCUAGUUGGCUCCAUUACCUCUCUAGCCCCAUCUAUUUUUCCAGACACUUAACUAUUAAGUGGAACCUUCCCACCAUGUCCUCCCACAUCACCCCAAGCCUUUGCUCAGGCUGUGCUCUCUGCUUGGGAUCCCCGUCCCUCCUCCUAGCUACUUGACAAAUACCCACAUACCCAUUAGCAGUCGACUUAGCAUCACUUCUCUGGAGAACCUGCUACUCCCUUCCUUCAGUAACCACUCCUUCCUCGUAUACUUUUGUUCUCCCAGUAGACUUCCACUUGCAAACCUCUCUGUCCAUUCUGUCCCACCUAGACUGGACACUGCUGUAGCCAGGGUUCUGUCAUCUGUUGCCAGCAGGCUGCACUGGGCUGGACCUGUCACAAACCCCAAUAAAUGUUGAAUGAAGGGACCAAAGUACUGUUGAGACCCUUAUACUCUUUAAGACCUGGCGAACUAGAGUUGAGUGAACUUGAGAGAAAAUACACACUUUUGAAGAGCUGUUUGCUCUUGGGCAAAUCAUUUAAAUUCUGAGCCUUCAUUUCCUCAGCUCUGCCCUGCCUCAGGAUUCUGUGUAGUAACAUAUGUGAGGUACCUGAUACUGUGCCUGGCUUACUGUAGGGGCUCAAAUACUUAUCACCCUCCAAGCCAGGAAGCAGAGGAGGAAGAGGUGUUCAGUCAGUGGGCGGGGCAUUAGGGACGUAAGGGGAGGGCACAGAAGCCUAAGACCCCAGUGUGCUUGGAUUUCUACAACUGCUGGUUGCCUGCUCUGUCUUGGAGACAAGUGGAGUUAGGUAGAUGGUGGUGGGGGUGACAGAUCAAGGGCCUGCCAAGGCCAAGCCCUCCCCGGGCUGCCAGAAUGGAUCAGCCCUCAGUGACAUCACAAUCCUCAGGGGUUACCAAGGCACUGCUGGAGGCGAACCCUCUUAUUUCUCCCCACGGAGCUCUAGGAUGUGGAUGUGAGAAAGGUGAGCAAAGAAGGCAGAUGGCGACGAGGAGCAGCCCCAGCCCCAUGCCCGUGGGCACGGCUCAGGGUGAUCCUGGAGAGGCAGGAACACAGCCGGGUCCUGAUGCUGGCAUCUGGGAGACUGGGUCAGCCACUCAGCUGAAGUUGAAGCCCAAGAAAGUGCGCAAGAUCAAGGCACUCAUCAUUGACCUGGGCUCCCAGUACUGUAAGUGUGGCUACGCGGGGGAGCCGAGGCCCACCUACUUCAUCUCCUCCACUGUGGGCAAGCGCUACUCUGAGGCCGCCGAUGCUGGCGACACCCGCAAGGACACCUACGUGGGCCACGAGCUGCUCAACAUGGAGGCGCCCCUGAAGCUGAUGAACCCGCUCAAGUAUGGCAUCGUGGUGGACUGGGACUGCGUACAGAGCAUCUGGGAGUACGUCUUCCACACGGCCAUGAAGAUCCCCCCCGAAGAGCAUGCCGUGCUGGUCUCUGACCCCCCGCUCAGCCCCAGCAGCAACCGAGAGAAGUAUGCAGAGCUCAUGUUCGAGACCUUUGGUAUCCCUGCCAUGCACGUGACGUCCCAGUCGCUGCUGUCCAUCUACUCUUACGGCAAGACCUCGGGCCUGGUCGUGGAGAGCGGGCACGGCGUCUCGCACGUGGUGCCCAUCUCGGAAGGAGACGUGCUUCCGGGCCUGACGGGCCGCGCCGACUAUGCCGGGAGCGACCUCACCACCUACCUGCUGCAGCUGCUCAACGAGGCCGGCCACAAGUUCACGGACGACCACCUGCACGUCAUCGAGCACAUCAAGAAGAAGUGCUGCUACUCGGCACUCGUGCCUGAGCAAGAGCUCGGCCUGGGCCUGGAGGAGGUGCGCGUGGACUACGAGCUCCCCGACGGCCAGCUCAUCACCAUCGGCCAGGAACGCUUCCAGUGCGCCGAGAUGCUCUUCAAGCCCACCCUGGUGGGCAGCAACCAGCCGGGCCUCCCUGCGCUCACCGCCGCCUGCCUGGACCGCUGCCAGGAGGCGGGCUUCAAGGAGGAGAUGGCCGCCAACGUGCUGCUGUGUGGUGGCUGCACCAUGUUGGAAGGCUUCCCUGAGCGCUUUCAGAGGGAGCUGAGCCUCCUCUGCCCCGGGGACAGCCCUGCAGUGGCCGCUGCUCCUGAGAGGAAGACGUCCGUGUGGACUGGCGGCUCCAUCCUGGCCUCCCUGCAGGCCUUCCAGCAGCUGUGGGUCAGCAAGGAAGAGUUUGAGGAGCGGGGCGGGGCAGCCAUCUACAGCAAGUGCUGAGCGGCGGUGCCCUGGUAGGCGAGGCCUGGCGGUCAGGUGGCCUCCGGCCACUCUAUACACAUUUACAGAAUUUCACAUAAAACUUUAACGUGCA